CUUGCAUAUCUGCACCCUUCCUGUUGGGAUGUCACAACCAAAUCAUAUACAGUAUAGUUGGUCUAGGACGCCAGGCGUAUUCGUUUCCUCGUAGAAUUCGGAGAAGUGACGGAAUCCACGUGUCGCCCAUGUGACCUGGUCUCGCUGUCCAAUCAAGUUCCAUGAUUCAACCUGGGUAGAGCCAAAGACGAAAAAUCAUUUUCUCUCUGUGCAGUUUUUUUUUAUUGUCAUCUUUUGCAAAACGUCGAAAGUAGUCGCCAUCUGUUUGAAGCAGCGCAAAGGUGACUGGUUGGCUGGCUGCUCCAUCACACUUUCAUUGGCCCUGGGACGCUCCUCUUUCACACAACCAAACCCCUUCCUUCACUUCUAAUCCCGACAUGGAACCCACCAAAGUCCAGUCAGAAGGCGGCUUGAACGUCACCCUCACCAUCAGGCUUCUGAUGCACGGCAAGGAGGUGGGCAGCAUUAUUGGCAAGAAAGGAGAGACGGUGAAGAAGAUGCGUGAGGAGGUCCUCCAGAGUGGCGCCCGUAUCAACAUUUCUGAGGGUAACUGUCCAGAGAGGAUAGUCACUAUCACCGGACCCACAGACGCCAUCUUCAAGGCCUUCGCCAUGAUAGCCUACAAGUUUGAAGAGGAUAUCAUAAACUCCAUGAGCAACAGCCCAGCCACCAGCAAGCCCCCGGUCACCCUGCGUCUGGUUGUGCCGGCCAGCCAGUGUGGCUCUCUCAUAGGCAAGGGGGGCUCCAAAAUCAAAGAGAUGCGGGAGUCCACCGGCUCCCAGGUGCAGGUGGCAGGGGACAUGCUGCCCAACUCCACAGAACGAGCAGUCACCAUCUCUGGUGCCCCGGAGGCCAUCAUCCAGUGUGUGAAGCAGAUCUGUGUGGUGAUGCUGGAGUCCCCACCUAAAGGUGCCACUAUCCCCUACCGUCCCAAGCCUGCCUCCACCCCGGUCCUCUUUUCAGGUGGCCAGGUAAGAGCGGACCCCCUGGGGGCCUCGGGAGCCAACCUCAGCCUCUUACUGCAGCACCAGCCACUGCCUGCCUACACCAUCCAGGGACAGUAUGCCAUCCCGCAUCCAGAUCAGUUGACCAAGCUCCACCAGUUGGCUAUGCAGCAAACCCCCUUUACCCCCCUUGGACAGACCACCCCUGCCUUCCCCGCAGGUCUGGAUGCCAGUAACCAGGCCAGUACUCAUGAACUCACCAUUCCCAAUGAUCUAAUAGGCUGCAUAAUCGGGCGCCAGGGAACCAAAAUCAACGAGAUCCGUCAGAUGUCUGGGGCACAGAUCAAAAUUGCUAAUGCCAUGGAAGGGUCAUCAGAACGCCAGAUCACCAUUACCGGAACCCCUGCCAACAUCAGCCUGGCUCAGUACCUCAUCAAUGCCAGGUUCAGAGAUGUGGCAGCCAUGUGGAAUGACCCCUCCUCCAUGACCACAUCCUGAGAACCUGACUGGCUGAAAACCCUCCAUCACAUGACCACGGCAGAUAUGAUGACCCGCACCUCACGACCCUGACCACGCCCACUGGACUCUGGGGCCCCGUCUCAAUACUCUAGGAAAUGCAUCCUACCUUUCUCACUUCCGCACACCCUCACUUCCUCCCUUUCUGCAUUUUGAAGAGUAUUCCAACGGGGUCUGGAUGAGACUGAUAAAACCUGGAUUGCCCUUUGAUCUCCCUGUCCCUCUCGCCUAAAGCUGAAGGGCUCAAGGAGAGGGGGGGGACAACAUUUUCAGAGGACAGAAUAAAAUGUCUUUGUUGAUUAUUUAGAUUUUUCUUUUGUUUUCUAGAAAUGAUGUUGAAGCAUGUUGAAUGUUUAAUAGGAUAAAGUUGUGUUAUUCUUCUAUUCUGUCUCGCUUCUCUCUCUUCAUCUAUCUCGCUAUCUCUUUCUGUUUCUAACUUUCUCUGUUAGUGCUGCGUCAUUGGAUUUCAGAAUCCACCUACCUUCCCCCCCAAAAAAACGCUAAAACUGUAAAAGUCAGAAAAAAACUUUUUCAUUACAUUUUCUAGCUGCUCAGUGAUGCCAUCGGCAGAAUGUGUGGUGGGAUGUAGCCAAAUUAUCAACUUUUGAUGAUACUUUGAGCUAUUUAGAAAAGAGAUAUUUUUAAAAAGCAGAAUGGUUCUAUUUCCACCCCGUUUCAGAUAUUUGUCUACCUUCAAAUCCAAUCUCUACCCAAAAGUCUUUGCUGCAUCACAUGACCCUUUUGAGCCAAUGGUAUCACUCCUAGACCCCCCUUUACAAUGUUUAUUUCCUCUAUUUGACAUGCUUACUUCUUCUGCAUGUGUUCUGUACAGUGCUUCUGUAGUUUUAGAGUGUACCAGUUCAGUGUGUGAAUAUUCCUGCUCGUUGUGGUUUGUCUCUUUGUGCUGCUCCAGAUCCUCUCCGCCAAGCAUUUGCAUCCAAUUUUUGUUUUGCCAUUCACGUCUAGUCCUCCUCUUACCCCACAAUGAAAAGCUUCCCUACACAGCCUUUAAAUAAUCCCCCUUAUAUAAGCAGAAUUUACUGCUGCAUGAAUGGAAAUUAGUGACAUCAAAUAAUAAUCAGUGGCAAAAAACUGUAUCCAUGACUGGACACUAAAAAUGAUUGUUUACUUGAUAUAUAUCUUUUACUGUUUCUAACUAAGACUAGUGUGGUGUUACCACACUUGUCCGCUACGCGACACUCAUGCAAUAUACCUAUUUCCCACUUCCUGAUUAUACUAAAGACUGCCUCUGAAGCGGGAGGAGUUAGUUUGGCCUAAAGCUAGUGCUGUGUCCAAAUUCUCUUCAAUGGCUCCCUUCCUCUGUCUGUGGGACUGCAGCUUAGCAGGCAAGAAGGAGAGGAUGCAAUGGAAGGAAACGGGAAGGAAGCAAGUGAUUAGGACAAGGCCUGUAUGUUGUUUGGGCCGAGGAAUGUUUUGGGGUUCGUGGGGUUGGAACCCAUGGGGUACUGGGCGGGACUUGACCACUCAGUCUCUUUUUCACGAUUGUUCAUCUUCAUUUUAUUUUCUCUCAUAUGGUUUACUUGUUUUAAGACGCUUUAGGUUUGUUUGAAUGUCUUAUUAUAUUUUUCAUGGAUUAAACAUCUGCUACUUAAUACUUGUUUUGCUCAAAAACAGAUUAGUCAUUUUGCUCGUUUUAAAAUAAAAGCUAUUUAUUAAGUGUUACAUAAUGUUGCAUUAUGACUUGCAUUUGUUUGCUUCAUGAUGAAUCAAGCUUGAUUUGUUUUGUCUGUAGUUUAUUUGAUUUCAUGGGUAAGUGUGGGCAAUAUUUGUUGCAUUGUUUAUAAAUCUAGUUUAAUCAUACUUCCUGUCUCUUAUUGGUAAGGCUGCUGAGAAGGGACUUGUGGGUAGUGUUUUACGCCUCCAGCUCAGUCUUGACGGAUGGCUGCUGAAUGUUACCCUCCUAACACAGGUCAAUCACUUACGGUCCAACGGCUUUCAAACAGUCAACACAGAAAUGUGUUGAUUAGGGUUCUAUGACAAUGUUUCAACUGAUUUAUUUUGUUCAUGUCUGCUUGGUUUUUGAGUUUCUCUAAUGCUAAGCUUACAUUUUAAGCGCUUUGAUCAUUUUAAACGUGAUAUGUAUAUUGACCAAAUGCUGUAUGUACCGAGCGAUUCAUAGUAAACCAUUAUUCUGCAAUAAUUCUUACAUUUUCAUGUAAACUGAAGUAGUAAUUCUAGUAUUGAUAUUCUUAUGGGUUUGUGUAUUACACGUUUCAUUAUAAAAGUUGUCAUAGGUUGUACUUCAAUGGAAUGUUCGUCAUAUAAAAAGUUACAUUUAUUUUCAUUUGGCAAGCUUGCAUUUUAGAACUGGUCAUCUCUUUAUCGGGAAUUCUGUUCAUAUACAACAACAUUGAGAUAGUGAGUUUUUUAAACGGUGACAUUCAGUGUAAUUUCCACAACUUUAAUAUUCAUUGAGAUAGUGUAUUGAAACUGUCUUUACUGAUGUGGCUAUGCUUAAUCACAAACACAUCCACUCAAACUAAGUCAUAAUGAAAAUCACGCAAUAAUAAGUGACAUGUGCAAUUAUUUAUUCAUUCAUUUCAUUUUCUGUGAGUGUAAAGCAUGAGGGGAUUUCUGUGCUGCGACAGCAACAGGUACUGAAGAAAAGACUGAAAAAUGUUUUGCUUUGCUGUAUAUUUUGUUGUAUUUUGGGGGCAAUGUAACAAAGCUUGUCAUAUAUUUUCAGUUGGAUUAUUUGCAAUGUGCAAAUCUAUAUUAGUUGUAAGUAAUAUAUAAUUACUUAGGUUUUACUUUAAAAAGUGUUGGUAAGUAUGAAAACAAAUAAAGCUUUUUUCUCUCUGA